AUGGGUGAAAGUGUACCUGAACCAAAAAGAUUCCACCAAAAACCAGGAACUGGAAGAUCAUAUGUUCCUCCAAACCCAGAGCCAAAGACAGCAUUUAAUUUUGCAAACUAUGCGUUCAGACCUUGA